CCAACAAAAAACGUGAGUUUCAACCGAGUGAAUUUGGUUUUUACUUCACAAGAGACGCAUAGCUCACGCGCCGCCGACUUGCCAUGAGCGGAUACGAGCGGAAGAACACAACGGGGAACUCAAUCACCAUCACCAAGCGGAAGCGAUACUCGAUUUCGGAACCAUCGGAGAACGUAUUCGAGAAAUCUAAUAGGCAGGAGUCAAUAGCCCUAAAACCUCACCGUUCUUUUGCUCCGGGAUCCAGCCAACGUAAUUGUAAACCUGCGUCUUCUCUUCGGCGGCGACGGAGAGCAAAGGAGAAGAUCUCGACCUCCAUUGAGCGCGAAUGGGUGUUUUCCACAAACAAUUUUGAAAAUCUUAAAGAGAAAUUAGUUUUAGUUUCGUACAAUCUACUUGGUGUUGACAAUGCGUCAAACCACAUGGACUUGUAUUACAAUGUUCCGCCGAAGCAUUUAGAGUGGAGUAGACGGAAACAUCUCAUAUGCAAGGAGAUUAGUCGCUAUAAUGCUAGCAUCUUAUGUCUUCAGGAGGUUGACCGCUUUGAUGAUCUAGAUGUUCUUCUUAAAAAUAGGGGAUUUCAAGGUGUUCACAAGCGUCGAACUGGAGAAGCGAGUGAUGGUUGUGCUAUAUUCUGGAAAGAGAAACUAUUCAAACUUCUAGACCAUCAACACAUAGAGUUUGAUAAAUUUGGCAUGCGAAACAAUGUUGCUCAACUUUGUGUUUUAGAGAUGAACUGCGAGGACCCAAAGUCUAAAUUACGUGUGCGAUCAUCAGAGCAAGCAUCUAGUAGUCCUCAAAGGCUAGUGGUUGGGAAUAUACAUGUCCUGUUCAAUCCAAAGCGUGGGGAUAUCAAGCUUGGCCAGGUAAGACUAUUUCUGGAGAAGGCUUACAAGCUAUCACAGGAAUGGGGAAAUAUUCCAGUGGCGAUUGCAGGUGAUCUGAAUAGCACUCCACAGAGUGCAAUCUAUGAUUUCAUAGCUUCAGCUGAUUUAGAUACACAACUUCACGAUCGCAGGCAAAUUUCUGGCCAGGGUGAAGUGGAACCAGAGGAGAGGUCAUUUAGAAACCAUUAUGCAUUUAGUGCUUCAGUAUCCAUCUCCGGAUCACUACCCAAUGAAUGGAGCCAGGAAGAACUACAGCUUGCAACUGGUGGUCAAGCAACCACUCGUGUCCAACAUCAACUGAAGCUUCAUAGCGCAUAUAGUGGAGUUCCUGGUACAUAUAGAACGAGAGAUCAACGCGGUGAACCAUUGGCAACAACGUAUCAUUCCAGGUUUCUAGGAACUGUUGAUUAUAUAUGGCACACCAAGGAACUCGUUCCUGUGAGGGUUCUUGAAACCUUGCCAACUGAUGUAUUGAGAAGGACAGGUGGACUACCUAGUGAGAAAUGGGGAAGCGAUCAUCUCGCUAUCGCAUGUGAACUCGGCUUUGUCAAUGACAUACAAUGAGACCAAAAGGUUAGCACCGACCAUUAAACCGAGCUACCUGACUUGGCCAUCCGUUGAGGUUUUUGAAUGCUCAUGGAGGAUUCUGAACUGGAGUUCGGAAACAGAUUCGGUAAAUUGUAAAACAUAAACAAGUUUUGGGCUAAGCACCCAAACUUAGAUUUGCUUACUUGAAACAUUUUUUUUACCUUACCUACCCAAGACUUGCACACCUACUCUUUCUGCUUUUUAAAAGUUAAUACCAAAAUAGCAUGUUACUGGACGUGUA